GCGCACCACCAGCGCAUCAGACUCGGCUUUUGGGGGAUGCGGUAACAGCGUGCGUGGGCUUACCGUAGAAUCCCCUCUAGUUAGCUACUCGAGGGCUGCUAUACCUACCUACUGACACACCUGGUAGUGGUUGCAGACAGCGUUGCCUCCUGGUUGACCUCGGGCACCUGUCCCUAACCCGUUUUGCUAACACCAGCCGGCUUGCCUACCUACCCUUCUUCUACCUUUCUACCUAUCCACCUGCCUACCUGUCUACGUGUUCUCGGCCGCUGCGCCGCCGGCGUCAUGUUCCCGUGGAUACUCGCGGGCCUCGCGGUCCUGCUCUUCGCCUACGAGCCGAUCUUGCGGUUCUUCUCGCCGUCGGGAUACUCCCCGCGGGAACCGGCGCGGCUGCCACACACGCCGCGCCCACGUAUCGACGAGUCGCUGCUGGCUAUGGACGCGGCGAAUGAGACGGACUGCCCGCCUCACACGUACACCGUCCACUUCCUGUCCAAGGCGCCCAUCGUCGUGUACAUCGAGAACUUCCUGUCGGCGGACGAGCGGGCGCACUUGCUCGAGAUCAGUGAGCCACUGUUCGAACCGUCGACGGUGACGCACGACGGGGGCUCGACGGAGCGGGACGCGACGGUGCGGGACUCGGAGGUGGCGGUGGUGCCGAGGACGGCGGAGGUGCGGUGCAUCGAGGCGCGGGCGCGGGGGUUCCAGGGCUGGCGGGCGGACCUGUGGCUCGAGCGGCUGCGCGUGCAGCGGUACCGCGGGCCGGCGCAGCACUACGCGCACCACUUCGACUGGGGGUCCGGGCGCCGCGGCUGGGGGCGCGCGAGCAGCUUCAUGGCGUGGGUGUACGCCGACGGCGACGGCGCAGGCCUGGGCGCGGGCGAGGUCGAGGGCGGCGGCACCGAGUUCCCCCUGCUGCCGUGGAGCGCGCCCGACGAGAAGUGGUGUCGCUGGGUGGAGUGUCCCCCCUCCGGCGAGACGGGGGAGGGGCAGGAGGAGACGGCGGGCGGGAAAAGGGGCACCGGGGGCGACGGCGAGAGGCCCCGCGUUGGUGUUACGUUCAAGCCCGUGUCGGGGAACGCGGUGUACUGGGAAAACUUCCGCCCCGACGGGACCGGUAGGGGGUGGGAUGAGACGUGGCACGCGGGUCUACCAGUGAGAAAAGGAACCAAGGUCGGCCUCAACAUUUGGAGCUGGGGCAGGCUCAGUUAGGGGGAGAGCGGGUUUAUCUACCUACAUGGCCCACACUCCGGAUCUAUGAAGGAUGGGACACCACUUCUAGGAAGAAAAAAAAAGAAAAAAAAAGCAAGUCAAGCGAGACAUGGCCAAGGAAGUUCAUUCCGUUGGGUUCCUCUAAGGCUCGUGUCGCCGUUCAGCCACACGACACGACAGACACAACUAAUUAGGUAGAUGCCUACCUCCCAUAU